AUGUCGUCUCGUCAUCGCGGCUUCUUGCUCCGCUUGCUCUUUGCAGCGGUGGCGGCAUCAGCAGUGUCGGCAAGGGCGGCGAGAGACCAGGAGGAGAAGCCAUCCAUCUACCUCGUGUUGUUGCACGGCGAGCCCUUGGCCGCGGCGAUCCAGCGAGGUGUUGAUCGGAACGCGACGUGGCACCGAGCACAGAAGAGGAGGGAGGCACGGUUCCACGACCGCCUCCUCCGGCGCGCCGCUGUGGAUGAAGGCGGCGGCGGCGGCGGCGGCUCGUACCACUGCCGGAAGAUCUACAGCUUCCAACACGCCGUCAACGGAUUUGCCAUCCACGCGACCGCCUCCCUGGCGGAGAGGCUGCGGGCUGCGCCGGAGGUGGCCGCUGUUGAGGAGGACGUGGGAACGCGGCUCAUGACCACGUACACGCCGCAGUUUCUCGGCCCGCCCAACGGCGUGUGGCGGCGGCACUGGGACGGCGGCGGCGGAGCGGACGACGGGGAGGGGGUUCUGGUCGGGGUCGUCGACUCCGGCAUCGACCCCGCACACCCCAGCUUCGCGUACGUGCCACGUGCACGGGCUGAUGACGACGAUGAUGGCGUGGGGGCCCGGCCGCCGUUCACCGCCGGGGGUGCUUGCAGCGUCGGGCCCAUGUUCCCGCCUGGCGCGUGCAACGGCAAGAUCGUCACGGCGAGGUACUUCGCUGGUGGCGCGGCGGCGGUGCUUCCGCUCGACCCCUCGCGCGACCUGUCGCCGUUCGACGCCGAGGGGCACGGCAGCCAUGUUGCUUCAAUAGCGGCGGGGAACCAGGGAGUGCCGGUGGUUGUCGGCGGCGCAAUGUACGGCUUCGCAAGCGGCAUGGCGCCAAGUGCAAGGUUAGCUGUGUACAAGGCGGUAUACCCAGCAGGAGGAACCAUGGCUGAUCUCAUCGCCGCCAUAGAUCAAGCAACCCAGGACAAGGUGGACGUGCUGGUACUGUCCGUUGGACCAGAUGAGCGUCCGACCAGCAAAGUCACGUUCCUCAGCAUGCUGGACAUUGUGCUGCUGUCGGCAAGGAGAGCCGGCGUGUUUAUCGCGCAGGCUGCCGGCAACCGAGGGCCGGCCGAGUCCUCCGUCGUCUCCUACAGCCCGUGGGUGACGACCGUCGCCGCCAGCACCACCGGCCGGAGAUACACGUCGAGGCUGCUCCUCGGCGACGGUCGCCACGUACCGGGACUCGGCUUGUCAGCGCCCACGCUCGAGUACAGGCUCGUCGCGGCCAAGGACGCCGCGGCGCCGGACGCCGCCAGCAUGGAACGCGCGGAGGAAUGCCAGGACACGGAGGCGCUGCGCUGGCGCGCCGGCGUUCUGCGGGGAAGCAUCGUCGUCUGCUCCUUCUCGCGGGGCUUCUACAACGGCACGUCGACGGUGACCGCCAUCCUCGACGUGGCGGAGGCUCUCGGGUUCGCCGGUUUCGUCCUCGUGGCCAGCGAGCAGUACGGCGACUUCCUAGCGCAGCCGCUGCCUUUCCGUGUUCCCGGCGUCAUGGUCCCCCGAGUCGCCGAUGCUCAGGUGAUGUGGUCGUACUACGCGGCGCACACGGUCUACGCGGGCAAUGCGACCAUGUUCGGCGCCGCCGCAGCGAUUGCGGAGGGAAGAGUGGCCACGUUCACGGACGUGGCUCCGGUGGUGGCGCGGUACUCGUCGCGAGGGCCCGACGUCACCGACGGGGAGUCGACGCCGGCAGACGUACUCAAGCCGGACAUCCUCGCGCCAGGCGACCAGAUAUGGGCGGCCUGGAGCGCCCCCAGCGUCAACCAGCCAAUCCUCGCCGGCAACCAUUUCGCGAUGGUCUCGGGCACCAGCAUGGCAGCGCCGCACGUCGGCGGCGUCGCGGCACUCAUCAACCGGAGGCACCCGUCGUGGGGGCCGGCAGCCAUCGCCUCAGCGCUGUCCACCACCGCGCGGAGGCACGACGAGCGCAAGGUCCCGAUCAUGUCGGAGGACUUCGAGAUCGGCUCGUUGGUCCCCGCGACGCCAUUCGACUGCGGCGCCGGGUUCGUGAACCCCGCCGGCGCGUUGGACCCCGGGCUGGUCAUCGCGCCAGAGCCCCACGACUACGUCGCCUUCCUUUGCUCCUUACCGCAGCUUAGCCCCGACGACGUCCGGGCCGCCACCGGCGUGGCGUGCCAGGUGCCGCCGCUGGCUUCUCCAGCGGACCUCAACGUGCCGUCCGUCACCGUGUCCGCGCUGCGGGGAUCCCUAUCCAUCCGGCGCAGGGUCACGAACGUGGCGAGCGACGCCGAGACGUACCUCUGCUCCACGCUGCCGCCGGCCGGCGUGGAAGUCGCCGUGCGGCCAGGGUGGUUCGAGGUGGCACCCGGGGAAACGCGGGAGCUGGCGGUCGAGCUCAGUGUGACCAGGGCGUCUGGGGCGUUCAGCUUCGGUGAGAUCGUUCUUACUGGGAGCUUGGGUCACCUGGCGAGGCUGCCGCUGGCCGUGCGGCCCCUUGCGACGACAUGACAGAAUGCAGCCGUUCAGGUCGGCAGCUGAUUAAGUUGGUCUCUAGACUCUAGUGAACCGACGAAUAUAUGCUAAAAUCUAUUCUAGUCUUGCAAAAAUCGAAGUUUUGUUUUGAAAAUACAAAAACAAUUCAAAGCUGUGUGCUACGUUACAUCUAUCGUUGUAACUGGAAGGAACUGGUUGCAGCUUUGAUGGUAUUGUAGUGGUAGUAUA